AUGCCGCCGAACCUGAGAUGUGUCGUUGCGCAGGGAUGGAGAUCGACUGGGUCCCGCCGCAAUUUCUCUUCAUCGCGUGGUAGCAACGGAGAGACUGAAGGCUUCUUCGAGGGCUUGAAGUCUUUGUACGAAAAUCCAGGUUCGAAGGGAUCAACCGAGUUUAAGCUGAAACUCGCACGUCGUGGUACUGCUGUGUGUAUGGGGUAUGUCUUAGGUUUUCUUACAAUUAAAAAACCUUCAUGGGAAGUGGCUCGAACGUUGGAAGAGCAAAGAAGAAGGUAUGAGGAAUUGCAUUCCUCAUGA